CAACGUUUGCACUUAUUAUAUGGCCGUCUCUCUGCUCCGCUAUAUCCUGUGUCGGUUCAUGGGUCGAUGGAGUCCAGAAAGCCGUACUUUCAGCCAUGGAGAGACUACAUGGGCCUGGCGGACAUGGUGAAAGCCAUGCAGCGCGCACCGGCGCUUUCACACUCGUCAGAUGGCCGGGAAAGUCACAGCGAGGAUGACAAGAACGAACACGCCGCCGCCGUGAAGACUCCGGGUGGUCCGACGCGUGCGCACGCGGCUCCUGUGAGGGAGAGGAAGAACGCGGAGCCCGUCAGCAGCAAAUCCGAGAGAAAGUUCUGCAGCUUCUGCAAACACAACGGCGAGUCGGAGGUGGUGUUCACCGCGCAUCAUUUAAAAGACUGUAAUGGAGACGUGGUGUGCCCGUAUUUGAAGCAGUACGUGUGUCCCCAGUGCGGUGCCACGGGAGCCAAAGCGCACACCAAGAGAUUCUGCCCAUUCGUGGAUGAAACCUACAGCUCCGUGUACGCCAAAACUUCGUGGUGAAAGACAACUGGACAGAAAUCACUCUUAACUCUUUGACAUGACAGUUUUAAUGUUUGCGUAUAUAUUUUAACUGUUUAUUUUAUCCGGGACAACGGCUUGUGUCCGAGUUUGCAUGCAUGUUUAGUCACGGUUUGAUUUUUUUUGCACGUUUGUCACAUUUCUUAUCUUAUCUGUGUGUAAAUUGUGUGUUUUAUAUGGGUGUUUUUGUAUUAACCUUUUAAACAAGCUUGUACACAAGCCAGUAAACCUACUUGAUAUAUUGGUACUUCAAUUAUGAGCCUGUGGUGCAAUUAAAAAAAAAAGACGUUUUAUGUGAAAUGCGUUGUGAUGCUGUUUGUUUUGCAUCAGUAACAAAAAACAUAACAACGAUCUUGCAUUUAGCUUCUAAAUAUUUUAUUUUCUCACUUUACAUACACAUAAAACACACUUGGGACCAGAUGUCUAACAGAAACAGUCAGGACAGGGGUCAUCCACUGCGAUUGAUGCAAUGUUUAAAUUUUCUGAAAACUAAGUUUUAACAAGUCUCUAAAUUAUAAGCAAAAAACAACAAAUGGAUUUAGUUUAAAUUUAAAUGUUCACUGAACAUCAAACUAUCAGACUGUUACAACGGGCUAUUUUAAAGCUUUUUUUGUUGUUGAAAAUAUGCUAAUUAUUUAGUGUUACUGUUUCAAAAUCAUUGAAUAACAAAAUUUUCUUUGCGUCUAAUGGAUCAUGGGUCUGUUGCACAUUUUAACAUUCUGUAUGUUACAAUAAUAUUUAAGUGUGAAUACUUUUGUUUUUACAAAAACACACUCUUUUUGUAUUGGUGGCAAAGAUCUUGAUAUGCCCACCCAAAAAAACCCUGUGGCUUCUUCAGAUUCCUUGAAAAAA